AUGGGCAGGAAGAUAGUGGCCGCAAAGAAGAUAAAAAAGUCACUGGAGUCGAUCAACUCUAGGCUCCAACUUGUAAUGAAAGGUGGGAAGUACCUGCUGGGGUACAAGCAGACUCUGAAAAUGAUCAGACAAGGCAAAGCAAAACUGGUCAUCCUCUCCAGUAACUUCCCAGCCUUGAGGAAAUCUAAAAUAGAAGACUAUACCAUGUUGGCCAGGACUGGUGUCCAUCACUACAGUGACAAUAAUAUUGAAUUGGACACAGCGUGUGGAAACUACUACAGCGUAUGCACACUGGCUAUGACUGAUCCAGGUGAUUCUGAUAUCAUUAGAAGCAUGCCAGAACAAACUGGUGAAAAGUAA